GGUGCCCUCUAGCCGCCCCUCCGCGACUGUCGCCUUCCGCCCCUAUGCUAUGCCGCACACCCAGUCUAGAAAGGCUUGUCUAGCAGCCGAAGAGCCUGGCGCGGUCCUGAUUGGGAGGGCUCGGUGUGGAAGAGAUGAAUCGGACAAAGGUUGAUGAGGAGGAAUAUUGGAACAGCUCCAAGUUCAAGGCUUUCACCUUUGAUGAUGAUGAUGAUGAGCUCUCUCAGUUAAAGGAAUCCAAGCGGGCAGUGAAUAGCCUUCGAGACUUCGUGGAUGAUGAUGACGACGAUGACCUGGAGAGAGUCAGCUGGACUGGGGAACCUGUGGGAAGUAUCUCAUGGUCCAUCAAAGAGACUGCUGGGAACAGUGGGUUAAACCACGAGGGGCGUGAGCAGCUGAAGAGCCGAAACAGCUUCUCCUCCUAUGCGCAGCUACCCAAACCUACUUCUACCUAUUCCCUGAGCAACUUUUUUAGAGGGAGAACUAGACUUGGAAGUUUCCAGUCCCUUUCUGAUGCUCUUUCGGACACACCUGCCAAAAGCUAUGCUCCAGAGCUGGGGAGACCCAAGGGGGAGUUUAGGGACUACAGCAAUGACUGGAGCCCCAGCGACACGGUGCGACGCCUUCGGAAGGGCAAGGUCUGCUCACUAGAAAGAUUCCGCUCCUUACAGGACAAGCUACAACUUUUAGAGGAAGCAGUUAGCAUGCAUGAUGGAAACGUCAUUACUGCUGUUCUGAUAUUCCUGAAGAGGACACUGAGCAAAGAGGUCCUCUUCCGAGAGCUAGAGGUGCGACAGGUUGCCCUGAGACAUCUCAUUCACUUCCUUAAGGAAAUAGGGGAUCAAAAGCUGCUUUUAGAUCUCUUCAGGUUCCUAGAUAGAGCAGAAGAGCUUGCGCUGUCCCAUUAUCGAGAGCACUUGAGCAUUCAGGACCCUGAGAAGCGGAAAGAAUUUCUUAAGACCUGCAUUGGUUUGCCAUUUUCAGUGGAAGAUUCUGCACACAUACAAGACCAUUACACGCUCCUGGAACGUCAGAUCAUUAUUGAGGCAAAUGACCGCCAUCUAGAAUCAGCAGGACAGACUGAGAUCUUCCGGAAGCACCCCCGCAAAGCUUCCAUCCUCAAUAUGCCACUAGUGACGACACUCUUCUAUUCCUGCUUCUACCACUACACGGAGCCCGAGGGGACAUUCAGCAGUCCAGUCAACCUGAAGAAGACAUUUAAGAUCCCAGAUAAACAGUAUGUGCUGACUGCCUUGGCCGCCCGCGCCAAGCUCCGUGCCUGGCAUGAUGUAGAUGCUCUCUUUACCACAAAGAACUGGCUGGGCUACACCAAGAAGAGAGCACCUAUUGGCUUCCAUCGGGUUGUGGAAAUUCUGCACAAGAACAGUGCCCCCGUCCAGAUAUUACAGGAGUAUGUCAAUCUAGUGGAAGAUGUGGACACAAAGUUGAACUUAGCUACCAAGUUCAAGUGCCACGAUGUCGUCAUUGAUACUUGCCGGGACCUGAAGGACCGUCAGCAGUUGCUAGCGUACAGGAGUAAGGUGGACAAAGGAUCUGCAGAGGAGGAGAAGAUCGAUGCCAUUCUCAGCAGCACGCAAAUUCGGUGGAAGAAUUAAGUGGCAUCAGCUACCCUGAGACCUGACUCGUUUCUUCCUUUCCUGCCUUUGAAAAGAGUGUACUCUCUUUUUUUUGUUUUGUUUUGUUAAUCCUCACCCGAGGAUAUUUGCCAUUGAAUUUUAGAGAGAGUGGAAGGAGGGGGAGAGACAGAGAGAGAAACAUCGAUGUGAGAGAGACACAUUGUUUGGUUGCCUCCUACACUUGCCCAACCGGGGCUUGGGAUCUGGCCUGCAACCAAAAUACGUGCCCUUGACUGGAAUUGAACCCAGGACUCUUCAGUCUGAAGCUGACAGAGCGCGCACUCUCCUUUGGGAGAGUUACAGCAGCACAUCGCUUGGGCCUGUCAUUAACAGGUGGCACCUGCUACUCUUGGGACAGAAACUGGCACCUGAGCACUGAUCUUCUGUCCAAGGGCCAUUGUCUGAGGGCCGAGAUCUAAAGCUUCGACUCAUGGGAAAGAUCCCCUCCACCUGGUGCUCACGUGAAAGUGGAGUCAUUUCUAGACUGGGCCCGUUUGGGGCAGGAUCUCCCUUGGUCUGAGGAAAGUGACUGCUCUGCUAAAGAAGUCUCCUAGACUAGGAGGUGCAGCUAUCAUAGAGUGACCACUCAGUUCCUCUCAGCGACUGUGACCCUGGACUUGGUGCUGGACAUGGCCAAUUCUGCUGUGAAUGGGGUCACAACAGAACCAAAAUGGCUCCUUGAGAAGGGUGCCAAUGUUGCAGGACCUCCUGGAGGUGCCCUCACUCCAGACUGCACAGAGCACUCCAAGUUAUGACAGAUGGCCCAGACGUGUCUUCAGCCAGCGUCCCUCUGCUGCCCCAGUCUAGCCUCUGUUCAAGGACCUCUGGUUCCUCUCUCACCUGCAGACUGAGAUGACCUUGUGUGGGUGACGAGAACAUCCCCACUGCCUUUCCCUCUAACACUCCUGCCCCAGACUGCCCACCUGUGUGGAGCUUAGAUUUGGCAGUACCAGAGCUCUCCCGGAUGCACAGAACUCGCUGUUGCACUAGGAGCCUCCACUAGGGCUGACCUCAGCAGCAUUUCUGACUGUUAGGAUAUUGAGAUGGAGGCUUUAGUAUCACACUUGGUUUUAAGAGGAUGUUCUGUAAUGCUAGAUGCCUGCCCUAUACAAUGUUAGCCUCUCUUCUCUGUGAUUGGAUUGGGUUUCCCCAGACAUGUGUGGACUCCUAAUAAAGCUGUUUCUUCCUUGGUG